AUGAGCCCAAACCCGUCCGAAACCCGUCCGGGUCGGGCGGGCCCGGGUGCCCACGGAGAGUACGACCUAAUCGUUGACAUCGGAUGCGGAACGGGAUAUAUGACGGAACUGUUGGCCCAAUCGGGGGUCAAACACAACCGCAUUAUAGGCGUCGACAUCGACCCCGAGAUGACUGCAUUCGCCCAACAGAAC